AUGUCAACACUAGUAAACAUCACCUCCAAGGAGCAAUUCAGCUCCCUCCUGACCUCAUCCGCCAUUGUCGUCGCAGACUUCUACGCGGACUGGUGCGGACCAUGCAAAGCUAUCGCCCCCGCCUACGAACAGCUGGCUCGACAGCUGACGCGCCCGAACCGGAUCACCUUUACCAAGAUCAACGUUGACCAGCAGCAAGAUAUUGCCAAGGCAUAUGGCGUGACUGCGAUGCCCACUUUCAUCGUCUUCGAACGAGGCCGUCCCGCAUCGACCGUCCGCGGCGCAGACCCCCGCAAACUCAACGAAGUCGUCCAGAAACUCGCCUCCGAAGCCGGCAAAGCAGAAUCCACCGGCGAAGGCGCCUCUGGUGGCUCCUCAGUAAGCGGUGGAAUCGGCUGGCUGGGCGCCUCCGUCCCCAAGGGCUACAGCGACAUCACAGACCAGGUCGAACCGAAGGGGCUGGAGCUACUGAACCGCGACUCUGCAUUCGCCCAGCCGCGCACAUUGUUCGAUACUUCGAAGCCGUCUGCUCUCUCUGGCGGAAAGGCCAAGGAAGGCAGCACUGCUGCGGACUGGGUGGAGAGUGACACGGAUGAGCAGUUGAUGCUGUACGUUGCGUUCCAGUCGAGGCUUAAGAUUCACUCGCUACAUGUUACUUCGUUGCCGCCUGCGGAUGGGGAGGAGGAUGAGCGUCCCAUGCAGCCUAAGACGAUCCAUGUGUAUGCAAACCGCUCGCAGGUGCUGGGCUUCGACGAGGCGGAGGAUAUCCCGCCUGUGCAGACAGUGACGAUUAACCCGGAGGAUUGGGAUAAGCAGACGGGGACGGCUAAGGUUGAGCUGCGGUUUGUCAAGUUCCAGAGCGUGAACUCGUUGGUGUUGUUCUUUGCGGAUGGGGAUGGGAACAGCGAGAAGCUGCGCGUGGACCGGAUUCGGAUCAUGGGUGAGGCGGGCGAGAAGAGGGAGAUGGGCAAGUUGGAGAAGAUUGGUGACGAGGUUGGCGAGUAA